UACUUAUUCCCGCAUAAUGAAGUUAACGAAAGUCCCUUCAUAUUUCAAAAUAUUUUCUAGCUUCACAGUAUAUCUUCUAGCAGUCAUCAUCUAAACAGUAUAAACUAUUCGCAAAAAAUAAAAAUAAAAACCCAAAACAUAAUCGCUUGCAGUGGCAACUUUAGGAAUUAUUCUUUACUAGUCAUUCUUGAAUUCAAAGUUCUAUUGCUUUACCUAGAUGAAGAUUUUGGCAAUGUUGAAGCUAAGGCAGUUGGAAUGGGGAGGGGGGGAACAGGGCAAACUGAUAUUGAAGAGGUUCAACUCAAUUCCAAGUAUUUGGGAAAAGAGAAAAGGAAGGAAAUGACCCCAGGAAGAGAGAGAAGAAACAAGAAAGAUGCAAUUUCUCUAGAAGAUAUCUUACGGUAUAAGGAAAUGCCUCAAAAAGUUGCUGCAAAGCAUCUAAACGUUAGCCGAUCCACAUUGAAGCGAGCUUGUCGAGGGCAUGGCAUCCCCAGUUGGCCACCUUGCGGGGAACACAAUCAAUCUCGCCCCAACGAAUCUCCCGCGGUUGUUGAUAAAGUGCAAAUCCCAAAACUGAAUUCUGUUACGCUUCUACCUUCUAAUCAAGUCUCAGCUACCAUUGGCACAAAAAGUGUGAUUGUGAAGGCAAGAUUUAGUACAGUUACGAUGAAGUUUCAGUUGUCUUGGCCAUGGAGAAUGGAAGAGCUGAAACAACAAGUGGAAAAGAGGCUGGGACACAAGGCUGAAAAUUAUUACAUUUGCUACAAAGAUCAGGACAAUGAUGAUGAUCUUUUAAUAGCUUGUGAUGAGGAUUUACAGGAUCAUAUCUCUGGUUCUAGCCUACCUGGCACCAACUUGAUUGAGGUAUUUCUUAAGCCAAAGUAGCUGAUGAAUCUCGUGUUGACCAACUUAUUUUUCUUCAACUAUAUUAAGCGUUUAGUAUUUACCUCUCUAAUUUUCUUUCAACUGCAUGUAUUAAUAAUCUUGGUACUUAAAACCUUUAC